CCGAUCGACGGCAUCCAUUUGACCGCACAGACAUUGCCUUUAUCAAGAACGCUGCUCUCCUCAUUUUCUUUUCACACUUUUCAGGCUUUCUCCCUCUUUUCUUUCUUACUUUCAUGUUGUAGUUUCGUAGGUAUGGCUGUAGAUCUCAUGAUGAGUUAUAGGAAUGGCAGUUUCGUGGCAAAAAUGGAAGAAACCGCAGUCGUCCAAGAAGCAGCCGCGGGUCUCGAGAGCGUCGAGAGACUAAUAAGAUUGCUCUCACAACAAGAAAAUCAAGAUCAGAAGUAUCAAUCUUCUUCUUCAAUCCCGGACAUGGAUAUGGAUUGCAGAGCAGUUGCAGACGUCGCUGUUUCGAAGUUCAAGAAAGUAAUUUCUAUGCUAAAUCGAACCAGAACAGGGCACGCUCGAUUCAGAAGAGCGCCUGUGGUUCCUUCACCUUCUUUGCCUCCAAACAAUCAAGAUAAUGAGGUUCUUGAAGGUAAAGUUUAUUACGCGACGCCUAUCCAGCAGUUGCCGCCAGUUCUGCCUCAGCAUCACAACCACGAUUUUCCGAUUGUGAUGCCGAAGAAUGGGGGGAUGGAGAGGAAAGAUUCUACCACAACGAUUAAUUUCUCGUAUUCCUCUGCCGGAAAUUCGUUUAUUUCGUCGUUGACCGGUGAGACUGAAAGUAAGCAGCCGUCGUCGUCGUCGGCGUUUCAGAUUACAAAUCUGUCUCAGGUUUCAUCUGUUGGGAAACCGCCGUUGUCUUCUUCUCUGAAGAGAAAGUGCAGCUCUGAAAACCUUGGUUCCGGAAAGUGCGGAUCCUCUGGCCGCUGCCAUUGCUCUAAGAAAAGAAAGACGAGAAUGAAGAGAGUAGUGAGAGUUCCAGCGAUUAGCCUAAAAAUGUCUGAUAUUCCACCAGAUGAUUACUCUUGGAGAAAGUAUGGACAGAAACCCAUCAAAGGUUCUCCUCAUCCAAGGGGUUACUACAAGUGCAGUAGCGUGAGAGGAUGUCCAGCCCGUAAGCAUGUAGAGAGAGCUUUGGAUGAUCCGUCGAUGCUAGUAGUCACAUAUGAAGGCGAGCACAACCACGCACUCUCUGUUGCUGAGGCUAGCCAUCUCAUCCUGGAAUCCUCUUAGUCAUCAAUCCAACCACCACCACCAUCAUCGACCAAUUGUAAAAACAGCUCCAAGAACUUGUUCUGUACUACUGAUUAACUAGCGAACUAUAGUUGCUUAUCUCGAAGGAGAGAUUUAGUUGGAUUAGAUCGUAAGUAACCUGUUUCCAAUAUUGGAUUCCUUCGCUCUCUCCACUCCUUUUCAACAACCAUGAAAAUCCACACUGAUGGUGGAUUUGGCAUUAGAUUACAGUAUGAAAGAAAGCAAUUAGUGGGUACUAUUCUCUAUCAAUUUCUUUAUUGAUUAAUUCUAUCUUUUGGUUACUGUUUUGGA